CUCUUCCGGGGCAGAGGUCGGCUCCCCUCUCCUCCAAGAUGGCGAGCGGCGGCAGUGGGGGGGUUUCGGUGCCUGCGCUUUGGAGUGAAGUGAACCGUUAUGGCCAGAACGGUGACUUCACGCGCGCUCUCAAAACCGUCAACAAGAUACUGCAGAUCAACAAAGAUGAUGUUACUGCCCUGCACUGUAAAGUGGUAUGCCUUAUCCAGAAUGGAAGUUUCAAGGAAGCCUUGAAUGUCAUCAACACUCACACCAAAGUGUUUGCCAAUAACUCUCUUUCCUUUGAGAAGGCAUACUGUGAGUAUAGGCUGAACAGAAUUGAGAAUGCCUUGAAGACAAUAGAAAGUGCCAACCAGCAGACAGACAAACUAAAGGAGCUUUAUGGACAAGUGUUAUACCGGUUAGAACGCUAUGAUGAAUGCCUGGCUGUAUAUAGAGAUCUUGUCCGAAACUCCCAAGAUGAUUAUGAUGAGGAGAGAAAAACAAAUCUUUCAGCAGUUGUUGCAGCUCAAAGCAACUGGGAAAAAGUGGUUCCAGAGAACUUGGGUCUCCAAGAAGGCACACAUGAGCUAUGCUACAAUACGGCAUGUGCUCUUAUAGGACAAGGCCAGCUGAGCCAGGCGAUGAGAAUUCUGCAAAAAGCUGAAGAUCUCUGCCGCCGUUCAUUUUCAGAAGACUCUGAUGGGACUGAAGAAGACCCCCAGGCAGAACUGGCCAUCAUUCAUGGGCAGAUGGCCUAUAUUCUGCAGCUUCAGGGUCGUACAGAGGAGGCUUUGCAACUUUACAACCAGAUAAUAAAAUUAAAACCAACAGAUGUGGCAUUGCUAGCUGUGAUUGCAAAUAACAUCAUUACAAUUAACAAGGACCAAAAUGUCUUUGACUCCAAGAAGAAGGUGAAGUUAACCAAUGCAGAAGGAGUGGAGUUUAAGCUUUCUAAGAAACAACUGCAAGCUAUAGAAUUUAACAAAGCUUUACUUGCUAUGUACACAAAUCAGGCAGAACAGUGUCGCAAAAUAUCUGCCAGUUUGCAGUCACAAAGUCCUGAGCGUCUCCUUCCUGUGUUGAUCCAAGCUGCCCAGCUCUGCCGUGAAAAGCAGCACACAAAAGCAAUAGAGCUGCUUCAGGACUAUUCAGAUCAGCAUCCAGAAAACGCUGCUGAAAUUAAGCUGACCAUGGCACAGCUGAAAAUUUCCCAAGGUAAUAUUUCCAAAGCAUGUUUGAUAUUGAGAAGCAUAGAGGAGUUAAAGCAUAAACCAGGCAUGGUGUCUGCAUUAGUGACGAUGUACAGCCAUGAGGAAGAUAUUGACAGUGCCAUUGAAGUCUUUACACAAGCCAUCCAGUGGUAUCAGAACCAUCAGCCCAAAUCUCCUGCUCAUUUGUCCUUGAUAAGGGAAGCUGCAAACUUCAAACUCAAAUAUGGGCGGAAGAAGGAGGCAAUUAGUGACCUAGAACAGCUAUGGAAACAAAAUCCGAAAGAUAUUCAUACCCUGGCGCAGCUUAUUUCUGCUUACUCACUUGUAGAUCCUGAGAAGGCAAAAGCUCUUAGUAAACACUUGCCCUCAUCGGAUAGUAUGUCUCUAAAAGUAGAUGUUGAGGCUCUUGAAAAUUCUCCUGGUGCUACAUAUGUUCGGAAGAAGGGUGGAAAAGUUACUGGAGACAAUCAACCAAAGGAGCAAGGACAGGGAGAUUUGAAAAAAAAGAAGAAAAAAAAGAAGGGAAAACUGCCUAAGAAUUACGACCCAAAAGUAACCCCAGAUCCAGAAAGAUGGUUACCAAUGCGUGAACGUUCCUACUACCGAGGAAGAAAGAAGGGUAAAAAGAAGGAUCAGAUUGGAAAAGGGACCCAGGGAGCAACUGCAGGAGCUUCCUCUGAACUGGAUGCCAGUAAAACUGUGAGCAGCCCACCCACUUCGCCAAGACCUGGCAGUGCAGCCACAGCGUCUACAUCUACAAGUAAUAUCAUACCCCCACGACACCAGAAACCCGCUGGGGCUCCAGCAACAAAAAAGAAACAGCAACAGAAAAAGAAGAAAGGUGGGAAAGGGGGCUGGUGAUUAGAACAGUCUUGUUGCCAUUUUUAAACUAGCCUCAGUGACACAAGGAACGUAAAUAAAGGUAACAGCAAGAAGCACAGAGCUGCUCCCUCUCCCCUCCCUACAUUUUCAUGAAUUUAUUUUGUUGUGCAUCAAACAGAAAAGCAUCUUCCUUCAAACUCUGCCUAGUCAGACUUGGCCUACUUGUACCACCUUGCUUCGCACAAAUGAUGAGGACGCAGAACAGUUGGGCAUUUACCCAUCUUGAUAUCCAUUACAUCCUUUCUCUUUGUGUGCUGAUCUGGUGUUAUUUUCAGUUUCAGAAACAAGGCAUGUUAUCCAACGUUUCCUAGGAUAUAAACAGAAACUACUUCUGUUUCAACUGGAGUCCAAAGAUACUUGUUCCUUCAAGUCCCAUUUUAUGUCUUAGGAAGCCUUAGGAGACUGAAAGUGGAGUCUUCUGAGCAUUCCAAAUAUCCGCUUAGAAAUAGCAUGUAAUAAAAGGGACCUUAUUAAUAUACUGGUGUUUUCACUUCACUACAUGAGUGGCCACAAGAAGACUAAAUUAAAUGUCUUGAUUAUUCAUGAAAUUCUGUCAUGUGAUAGUGAAAUAUGGGCUACUAAAUAUAUGUGGUAAUGAAAAGUAUGUGUAUGUAUAUACAUAUAUACACACAGAGAUAUAAAGUAGGACUUCUUUGUGCCCCCAUGUCAUUUUCAAAUUAUGAUAACAUUAUGCUAAUUUAGCACUGUCAAAGAUAUCAAGAGAAAUACAUCAAUGUUGCAAGAAGUUGACACUUAGACGCAACGUUCUGAGGUCAGACUGAUUUGGACCCUCUUGGUCAGAAAGAUUUAAAUGGCCCUUACCAAGCAUGAACAUUGACUUCCAGCAGAGAGAGGCAGUCAGUGCCAGAGUUGAGGAGUCGGCAGUAUUAAACCUUAAAAGAACUGUUUGGCCCAAUUAAUAGAUCUCAAAUGACUCCUCUUUCUAGUUGCGGGGCAUGACCAUUCAUUACCUUCUCAAAGUAAUGAAAGUCAGUCCGUGAUACCGGUGUCACUUUGUUCUUGCCUUGCUUACAGGUCACUUUCUUCUUAAACAGGUGUGAGGCAGACACACUGGCAUGCCUACCCAAGUUAGUGUUCAUUUUAUGCUGCCCAAGAUAGCAUUCAGUUUAGACUUACAAGUAUUUCUUGUGAUCAUAUUGCUCUGUCCUUGUUAAUGAAGUGCUGCUGUGUUUAAACAUACCUGCUAAAACUUCACAGGGUUUUUUGAAAGCUUUUCCUCUACCAGAGUAAGAAAUGUGGUGCUGCCUUUCUCUUUAACAUAAUCUGUGGUGGCAUCUAAACAAGAGACCCUCUUCUAUGAAUGAUUUAUUAUGGCAUUAUACUUUUUGAACUCUCAGAAUAGUCUUUUGGUAAGAGUGACAGUUGUUUAUUCCUUCUGAAUAUAAAUCCCACUACAAAAAUAAUUGUUAGUAAAUUUAUGGUUUUAGGAUUCUGUUAAAUUUCUAUAGUGAAGGAUAAUCAAUUCUUAGGUUACAGAAUUUUGGUGAAAUUUAUCCAUCAAUGAAAAUUUUGACCCAAGGCACAACAAGAGAAAUUUCCAGUUCUCUAUUUAGUCAUUGUAAUUGCUAGUUGUUAUCAUCAAUCAGUACUAAGCAACUGAAACCUCAGUUCAAAUAAAUAGUCAUUGUCAAUGAAGUGUAAA